UCCGCGCAUGCGUCGGGAGCGCGCGAGAAUCCCCGAAUAGCCACGCGCGAGCACGUGUUGCCCUUGCAACAGCGGGGCCCUUUACGACCAUUCGGCCAUCGAACAGCGCCCGCGCUGGGGAGACCACUCUAUCCGGAGUGACAACAAACCGUGACGUCACUGCCGGUCUGGUCCUUGACCCCAAUCCUCGGUUCCCUAACUUGUCGACAAAUUUCGUAGGAUCUGUGUGAAGGUCGCUGGAAGGAAGUAUGUCAGAAACGAGAGUUGUGUGUUUAUAGUAAGGUUCGGCAUUUAUCAUCCCCGCGUCACUUUCUCCAGAGGGUUUAGUUCGUCUUCGAUCGUCUGGGGGUGUGCUGACCAUCUUCUCUUGUUCUCUCGCCCCGCAUCUUCAGCUCUCGUCUCUCAUCUGCAAGCAGCAGACGACUUCGACUCUUACAUACUUUGUAUUGCCAGUGUUUCCGGAGUCGUCAACGAGAUGCUGAGAGGCUGGUUCGACGCGUUCCGAAGCGACGGCGGCCCCACCCUCUACACUUUCGCCAACCGGACCCCCGUCACCGAGGACGUCCGGAAUGUGCUCAUCUACGUCUCAUUCUCCACCCUCUUCGUGGCGUUCCUCAUCGUCUUCCCGGGAAUACGAAAAGAGAAAUUCUCAACGUUCAUCAGUGUCACUAUCAGCCUCUUCGUAGGAGCAGUUAUUCUAAUUUCCAAUUAUGGUACGGAGUGGCACGUAGCUCAGGCAACCAUUUCUAGUCCAUACCGCGCUUUUUCCAAAGAAAAAAUAUCUGCCAAUGUGGGUGUCAAAAUAGGACUCAACAGUGUCAAUAUCACGCUUCAAGCGCUGGCCAUACAUAAAAGAAGUGAAGAUAUUAAUUAUAAUGAAAGGUUCCGAUGGGUUGGAGCUACCGAGAUGAAGCAAGAAUACCGGCAUGCCCUCGUCAAAGGUCUGCCCUUCCCUUUGCUCACGAUAGCAGAGUAUUUCACUCAGGAGUUGGAGGGAUUCUGUUGGGGAAGGAGGUACAGACUAGCAGGAUACUAUUCCCACAUACUACUCUGGGCGGCCUUUUCCCUAUGGCUCCUGAUGAACAUCCUGCUGUGCACAGUGCCAAGGUACGGAGCGUACACCAUGCAGUUGACGGGAACGGUGAUGCUGCUCACGAACGGCAUCUACACUUACCUGUUGCCUCGGAAGCCUUUAGUCAUUCCUUUCGAGGGGGGAGCGCUCACCUUCAAGUUCGGCUGGUGCUUUUGGAUCGUACUCGCCGCAGGAAUCAUCUCCGUUGUUGUCGGAGGAGCAGUUGCCAUAGUAGAUCUCUUGUUCCCAAACAAGUUUUCAACCAUUCUAGAAGUCAACUAUGACAUGCCGUACAGGUACCUGGUGUCCCACCAGGACUCAUCCGUGCAGAAACGUCAGUGUUCGCAGGCCAACAGUUCAGCGUCUGCGGGCACGUCCUCCACGAACACCUCCACGCGGAAGGAGGCGUACGAAAAUGGCGCCUACGAAACGGACUCGCACGAUGAGGACUACAGCACCAUCGUGAACGGCAAGAGGGCCGUCAGCCUCAGGAACUUUGGCAAGUUCGCGCAGAAGGAAGGGCUCAAGAAGAAUCCGCUCGCCUCAUUCGUCCUACAGAACAAGAGGAUCCACAGCUUUACCACAGACGCCUACCAGCCUUCAACGUCUAAACAUGUGAACAUCGACAUAUCCGCUGCAGCACUAUGGUGACAAGACAUUUGUUCUAUUUUUUUGAACGUUCAUCGUAACUUAAGAAACGAAAAAAAAAUACCAAAUCAACAUUCCGUUCUUCGUAUUUUGUCCAUGUUUGAAACGAAGUGAAGUGUCAUCCUCAAGUUCCUCAAAUGCUAAGACGUGCUGUCUUGUGAUCCAGUCCUCCUGCUCCACAGUAUAAAAGUUACUGAACGUAACAAAAAUCUUUGACGUACUUCUAAGUCACAAAGUAGAAAGAAGAAUCAAAAUGGUGUGUUUCGAAACAUGAGCUUCUUUCUUUUACUGAUGGCAACACCAUACUGAAUAUUGUUCGUUUGAUGGUUUGUUAUUCUCAAACAUAUCUAAAGUCUUGAAGAAGGAUCAGUGGGCGCUUCAGCAACACAAUUACCAAACGUGAUUUAUUUUGUGAUGUAUCCAGACUUUUCGAUUCUUCGAUGUGGAUCUGAACUCAAAACUCACUUGAAGGAAGAUUGUAGACUCUAUUUACACUCAAAUGGAAUGUAUGCAAUAUCUAAGUACUUUACUGAAACCACCUAUGUAGUUUUUAUUUUCAAAAUUCGUACCUGGAUGAACUUGGACAUGUAAACUGCUCGUUGUUACAAUGAAAAGUUUCGAGUGUGUCCAUACUGUAGAACGUGAGAAACAAUGUACACAUAGCACAUGAGUGAGUUAUAAUUGUAUGAAAAUACAUAACAUUUUCUUUCAGCCGGUUUUAAGCGUGUUAAUGUUUUAAAAAAAAUCGACUCCAUGGUGCCCAAAAUUUUGGAUUUUGUUCAAUGCUAAAAUGGCUCAGUGUAUUGGCUCAGUAUGAAAGUAUGAUUUCUUGUUUUUGUGCAACAAUAUGUGUAAACUAAAACAAGUGUUCCAAAGUGUGUAACAGUUCGGAAUAUAAUUCAAAAUAAUAGUCCUUCGAAGUCUCAAAGCUUUUAAAUAAAGCUUUUGUGAAAAUUAUAAGCUGGUACGCUGUCGUAAAUAUUUAUGUGAAAAACUAAAUGUUUCCUAUUCUUGUAAAUUAAUACGAAAAAUUUCAAUGUUCAUAUAUCUAUUUAUUUAUUUAUUUAUCAUAAAAUCUGUUUGGAUACGAAAUGUUGUUUUAACAUUUUACUUUUAUUCGCAACUCCAAUAAACUAUAGGGGGCGCUGCAGUCACUGUCUAAUGGCAGAUGAAAAAGGUAAAACAAACAAAUGCCGUAACUUAUAACUUGCUUUGACGCUUAGUGAAUGACAGUAAUUUUUCAUCGUGUUUGUGAGAAGCUUUCUUUUCUAUUCUUCUGAAAUUACAUAACACCACAAAUUGUCUGAAGCGUGUAAUUACUACAAAUUGUCUGAACCCUGUCUGUUGUAAAACAGACACAAAUUGUCUGUCAAACAGACCACAAAUUGUCUGUACACCACAAAUUGUCUGAAGCCCCAAAGAUAACGCGUGGAAUGGAAUGUUAUACCUUUUCCUUUAGUAUUGUUAAUCACCGCAAAGUAGCGUAUUCAAACUCUGGAGUUGCGAAUUAAAUAAUUAAGAUAAUUCCACGAUUUUAAUUAAUGAUUUUGGGCAACUCACUUUCGUAAAGCAGUAAAUGUUUUGAAAUAUGCAACAAAAAAUUUGCGAGAAUUGUUUGAGCGUUUUUGAAUCUCUCUACUUAUUUUUAAAUGUUUUUUAAUUUCUCGUUCUACGCUAGAAAAAAAACUCAAAAAUUCAUUAUAAUAAUGAAAAUAUUCUUUUCACUUGCAAAUGGCAACAUUAUUGCCAGUUUGGAGACUUAAAUAACGCAAAUUCGUGCCAGUACUGCAUUCUUUCGAAUUAACAAGACAUCUACACCUCUGGAGUUUAAAAAAAUAUAUGUACAGCAUGUAAAAGAAAUAAUACGAAUUUUUAGGUUGUAUUUGUACUGCGAUCUAGAAAUGUAAAUAUUAAACAGUAAAACAAGUUCCAUUAUUCGGAUGUUUACAGUUGUGUAUUAAGCACGCAUUUUUGUGUCCUGAAUGGUUGCCAUUUUCCUUGUUAUUGCGUGAUAUUCAUGCGUGCUUAAAGCCAUAUUUUCGGAAGUAUUUUUGCCUUAUUACUUUGGCCAUAUUGGAAUGUUAGCGUGCAUGUAGAAGUGCCACAAACUCAUCUCACGAAACCGGACUGAAUAUUUGCAGUUUCAUUCUUGAUAUUUUGUGGCCAUUUAUUUGUUGAAUGUAUAAAAAUGUAUUUUUUUUUUUAAUGCUCGUUGUUUGCAAAACAAUGAAUUAAUUGUUGUAAACGUUCUUAAAAUAAUUUAAGUGAUAUAUGUUUGUAUAUAUUUAUUUAACCGUCCAUUCUAAAGUAAAGUUGUAAUACCAGAGUGCAAUGUUUCGUAAAGUGUACUCUUCGAAGUGUU